GAUUCUUCGGUCGCUAACCGACUACUACUACUACUACUACUACACGCACACGAGGAGACCCAGAGAUCCGGCAUUCAUUUGUUCGGAAAAUCGUGCGGCGGUUUUAUAUGUUCGCGUCGAGUGCUUCUUUCCACCAAAACUAGUUAUUCAGUUUGUUUCUUUAUCUUUCGAACAGUACUGAAGAUUUUCUUUUGAUAUUAGAGUUUCGAAAAUGUUUUUUCGUUUCAACUAAACAAUAAGUGAUUGUUCUAAAUUUUUUUUGGAUAUUUUAUAGUGGAUAUAUUUUAUAUAUUAUAUAAUUAUUAAGUAAUUGUCUCACAAAAUGGGUGCGAAACAGUCAAAGAGAUCAGUAGAUAUCACAAAUUCUCCAACAAAAGGUGAGGCCGAAGCUAUUGGAGAAGGUGAAGGAAGAGUAGUCAAAAUUGGCGAUGCGGAUAUCAAGUCCACAACGAAUGGUGCUGUACCACACACAGAUAUAGAAAUAGGGGAAAAAGAUGAAACCGCGAAAGAACUCACCGCCGAAAAAGAAGAUGCCGAAAAAGAAGUAGCAGAAGUUAAAGAGAACGGCGUAUCGGAAUCGGAAGAUGCUAAAACACCGGAUUCGGAAUCCGUAGGAGAUAAUUUGAAUGAAACGGAAAAAUCGCCGGAAAGUACAGAAAAUAAAGUAGAAGAAACGGCGGAAGCAAAGAAACAAAAAGAAAAGAAGAAAAAGAAAUGGUCAUUUAGGAGUAUAUCUUUUUCCAAGAAAGACAAAUCGAAACCCGGAAAGGAUUCCGAGAAGAACGGGGACGUUAAAGAAGUAGCAGAAGAGAAUGUCGAUGAAACCGCAACUUCUCCAUCCACUGAAACUCCAAAAACAGAGAAAGUUGAAUCUCCCGAGGAGACUCCAGUUUUGAACGGCGAGGCUUCAAAAGAAGAACUCGCAAAUGAUGAACCCAAAUCCGAUGCUGCUGCUGCUGCUGCUACUGAGGAGAGAAAAAAAGAAGAACCGACGGUGACAGAACCUGUUAAAGAUAAACCUGAAACGGAACCGGUAUCAGAACCUAAGGUGGAAGAACAUAAACCCGAGGAACCAAAGCCAGUAGAUGCUGAACCACCUAAAGUCCCUGAACCCGUAGUUGAAUCCGAUCCCUCUCCCAAGGAACAAGAGGAACCCGCUCCCACAAAUCCACUUGUAGAGGAAAUCAAAGAGGUGCGUAACGAGGAGCUCCCUCCUCCCCUACCCUCCUCUAACCCACCCUCCUCGGUGACGGUAUUUGCCGAAUCCACUAAAGCUGACAUUUUAACAACCGCACACAUUGAUUUAUUAGAGACAGCUUCUGCAGAAGUAAUUAAAUCUGAAGUAGAACCCGUCCCCGUUUCAGAUGUAGAUCUGAAACAUCCUGAUCAAGAAAAUGUUACUGAUAUUGCGGUUCCUAAAGAAUCCGAACCGAAACUCGAAAUUUCUCCAGAAAUUAUUUCCGAAAAUGAGGUAGCUAAAGAAUCUGAAUCCAAACCCGAUAUCAUUCCAGAAACAAAUGUUGUAGAUUCCCCAGUUGCGGCAGCAGAUAUUGAAAAGCCAAUUGCAAAUUCCGAAGCUGAAGUAGCUGAACUUUCAACGGUAGUUUCAGAUUCUUCAGUUUCGGAAAUUAAGGUAGCUAGUGAAUCUUUAGCAUCUAUUCCUGAUCCUGAACUUUUCGAAUCCGAGGCAGCAAAACGCUCCGAAAUCGAUGUUACUUCGGAACCAGUAUUUUGUGAAACCAAGGUAGCUAGUGUAGAAUCUAUAACGUCUUUAGAACCUCAACCCGCCGAAACAAAUUUAUUGAAAAAUAUUUCCGAAAAGUCACUUUUAACUCCCCCAGAAUUGGAGCCUUUAAACGAAACUUGUCUUUCACCCGAAAAAUUAAUUGAAAAUCCAUCUGAGCAGGAAACUUCGGAACCUCCUAAUUCGUUGAAUGCAGCAUUGGGAUCUCAAAUAACCGAAACACUAAAGACAACUUCCGAAGCUUCUCUUCGAGAAGAAUCGCAACAAAAGUCUGAAACAGAAUCAAAGUCUGAACUAUUAACAAUGUCAUCAGAGAUUUCCGAAAUUUCUCUUACCCAAUCGAAUAAGACUGAUCCCGCCGAGAGUUUAAGUAGUCUUCCACCCCAAAGUAUAGACUUACCUCCUUCACCAAAUGUGAUUGAAAAUUCGAAAAUUUUAGUUCCUGAAAUCAAUGAAAAACCUUCCGAAAAACCAACGCCAAUCAAAUUAUCUGCUUCCGAAUUGUAUAAAGACUCCUCACAAGCUACUGAAGAAUCAAUACCACCUACUGAAGAGUCAGUACAACCGACAAAAUCUGAAAACAACGCUGAAGAUUCCUUACAAGAUAAGGCUGAAAAACAUAGUUCGGAAAUGGAAGUUAUUUCAGAUGAUUCUUCACAGUUGGUAAAGCCUGAAGAAGAAUUUGAAAACACUAAUACUGAAUUACCAUCUACAGUUAUUUCCGAGGCCAAUUCUGAAGACAAAUUUGAGAAAUCUGCCAAUGAAUUACCAGCAGCUCCCACUGAAGUCAUACCUUCUGAAUUAUCUUUAGUAUAUUCAGAAGAAUCAUCCGAGACUCUCCUUGCCUCAGAGUGCUUACCUUCAGAAGAACUGAAACCAUGUGGUAAAGUAGAUGAUUCCGAAGAAAAAUCUGCAUCAGAAGAUUUUCCCAUUGAUUUACCUUCCCCUACCGAUCUUCCUCCACCAUCGUCUGUUAUCUUGGACCGUGUAGUUGAUCCAGCUGAUUCCUUGCCUGAUAUAUCGACAGAAUCGCUGCCGUCCCUUCCGGAACCAGUUUCUGAUAAUUUAGCCGAGCCCAUGUCUUUACCUCCAGUAGAUUCAGUACCCGAACCAAUUGCUACUGAUUGUCUGACUCCUAGCGAAUCUGUCCCCUAUCCCCAUCCCGUCCUCACUAACGGGAACACCAAUGGAUUACCUUCUCCAAGCGAUGAGGACGUACAGAUGUUGAAAGAAGGACAACUUAAACAGGUGCCUCCUGCAGAAACUCCAAGUGAAGUAGUAAAAAAUGAUACUGAAAAUGUAACUGCUUCGGAAGUAGCAUCAGUAGAAGAGUAAGAUUGUGUCUGUCCUACCAUCAAAUGAACUAACUUUUAUACAUACGUUUUAAAUGAACUACAAAAACAAAAAGUUGAUCAUUCACUUCGGGCAGUGAUCGAGUAAAUCCGACCAAAAAAUAAAAAAAAUGGAUGCUGCCUAAAUACCUAUUUAAUAAAAAACAUGUUUAAAAUAACAAAUGUAAUCAAAGGUUUUUUAAUACUCCCAUGAUGAAAUAUUUUAUAAUGUCUUUAGAAAUCUGAACAGUUUUAUAUAUGUCGUGAAAACGGCUUUUUAAUCGUAUACAAUUUUUGUAAUAUAAAACAUUUAGUAUAGCUUAGUAUUUCUUAGGUGAGCUAUCUUGUGUUGUCAUCACUAUUCGAUUUUCAUUUAGGCCAGUCUGUUUCACUAUAGACCGGACUUUGUUUUUAUAUUUUAAAAUUAUUCUCUAAUAAUCCUUAUUUUAUUUGUAAUUAUUAUUUUUACCGUAGCUUUUAUUUAGAUUAGAUACAUAUCUUAUAAUAAAUAUAAUAAUAAUAAUAUAAAAAAGGGAAGUUAUAUACUUACUCGGUGAACUUUUUGUAAAUGUAUUUAGCUGUUAAAUUCUACUAAAAAUUGUCGGUCCAAUGUAAGACUCUUUCACCAGGAUAUGUUUUUAUCUGUAUAAAAAUUUGAAAAAAAAAAUAGUAUAAGUGUGUAGAAUAGAAGAUCGACCGUUUUAAAUAUUGUGCUUCUUGUAUUUUCUUCUAAAUAGGCAACUAGUUUAUUUGAAGCUACAUCUUUGGUAAAACAUCAUCAAGUACCAUUAUUAGGACAUACAUAUAUGAGAAAAUAAAAUGUUUAUAUUGUUUCACCAGGUAUUGCUUUUUUUAAUCGAAUAGAAGCUUUUGUCAUUUCCUACACUUCACAGAGAUAAAAAAUAAUGGAGCGCUUUUAUAAGGGAUGUUCAUGAUAAUAACGUUAUAACAAAAUGCUAAUUAUUUCAGGAAAAGAAAACUUUUGAAAGAGAAAAAUUAAACUGUAAUGACAAGCACAAAAAAUAUUUUUUAUAUUUCUUUUAUAUCUCAGUUAAUUAAAAUAAAAUCACUGAUUAUUCGAUAGAAUUUUUCUAGUACGGUGGCGGAUUUAGGUCACUGUUAUGCCUUCAUACUUUACGCAUCUACCUAACCUAACAUAACCACAAAUUACUAAUGAAUUUAAUCACUUAUACGCUCGUAAAAAACUUGCAAACUUAAAAGUGUGUGAGUUUGAUGCCUUGUAAGAAAACCUUAGAUACAACUGCUAGGUUGUUCUAAUUACCUUCAAAUACGGAAACCAUUGACAAAAUUCAAGGCUUGUCUGGAACUGGUUACUAUAGGGUAGAAGCAACAUUUGUGCCCAGUGUAAGGCGUGUUUUAAAAUUAAAAAAUCAUACAAAAACUCUGAAUAAUGAAAAUUGUACAGAACUAAUGGUUGUAGUAUUUUUUUUUAAAUACUUUAAAUUUCACAACGUUAAGAUUAUUUUUGUGAUUUGCCGAUAAAAGUGAACCUGUGAAAAUAAACUUUUUGUGGACACGUGGUCUUUUAAGGACCUGCUUUUGGCCACUAAUAAUUUCAAAACAAAAAGUAGCUACCUACAUAACAAGGUAAGAUUAUUUUAUUCAUAAUAGAAUAAACAAUUUUGGAUUUAAAGCCCUCGUUGACGGAAAAGUAAUCUCAUAAUAAUUUCAACUUCAUCAUACCAAAUGUUCAGUCAGUCAUUUCCGCAACUUUCCAUUGCAUUAACUAAUAUUUGAUUUUUCUUUCGAUUCGUGAAUUUUUCCAGGGAAAAAUUAUUGAUCUUCGUAUUGUUAUGCCUUCAUACUUUACCACAAAUUACUAAAGGCCAUCAGACUCCAAACCAAGGACAGCAGUAAAUAUAAUUAUUGAUAGUGAUCCACUAUCCACUUUUUUACUUCGUUACUUAUUCACAUAGUUUUGUUAUCAUCAUUUUUAAACCAAUCACAAAUUUUAGGUAAGGUAUUUGUUUAAUUCACUUAUUGUAUUUUUGUUAGUGGCAGCCAUAAUGCAAUGACAAGAAAUUGUAUGCAAUUUCUUGCACGUUGUCUUGCGUCAAGGGGCCUUAAUGAAUUUGAUCACUUAUUUGCUCGGAAAAACUUUCAAAUUUAAAAGUGUGUUGCGAGGUUAUUCUAAUAGAACGCAAGGCUUAUCUAGAAUUGGUUGCUAUAUGUUAUUCAUUCUUUUUGAAUCGAAGUAUACUUGAUCGGAAGGAUCUUGGGCAAAAAGAAAAAGAGGUUUCGAUGAUGCUGUUUUACUCUAUAUUAAUCCUUGUUAUGUUUAUGUUUCUAACCAUCUGAUAUAGAUACAUUUUUACUUAUUUAAAUCUAAUUUAAUACAUACAUAACUUUCGAAAGAAAUCCAUAAAAGUAUAGUUUCUAAAUUUAUUACUAACUGGUUUGUUAUAUUCAACCCUAUUCUUUCGAUUUGUAUUUACAUCAAUUUGAAAUAUUUAAAAUUGUGCUGAUUAAUUAAUUUUAAAAUUAAAUGAACUAACUUUGAAGAAACUUUCACAUUAAAUAAUUGUAACAGCCAUUGUCAGUAUAUCUAAAAAGAAUCCAACAAACUACUUCAGUUUAUUGGAUUGCACUGAGUUUGAGAUUGAAACUAAAACAUGAAAAUUUAUAAACUUAUCCCAAAAUGACAUACAAUUUUCUAGGAAAGUAAUUUGGGAGAAAAUAAGUGAAAUAAAUGUAGAAUAAUGCAUUUUGUUCAUCCCUGUGUAAAUGUAAUAGACUACAAGCCCAUUGGAAAAAUUAGAGGAGCAAAAAAGUAUGUAACCACCCAAAUCGUUGUGUAUAAAUGCUGUAUUGUAUCAAAUUUCCUUAAAGGGUGUGGAAAUUUUCAUAAGUUCAAAAAUUUUCCCUGCACCUGGUACCAAUGUUUUUGUACGGCAUUAGGCGUAUAUCAUUAUUUUUGUAUUACCUACUUAAGUUAUGAAUGCCAUACAAAUUUUUUUAUUGGGAUUGUAGUCUAUAAUAAAACCUUCAUAUGGUUAGUAGAGGAGUGCGUGCUGUAAAAUCAACUAUUACAAAAAAUUAAAUAGCAUUUUUAAACGAGUUGUUUACUAAUAGUUUUUAGUUGAAUUAACAUGCCUUAUAUUAUUUCUGUGAUGGAAUGUAAUUCUAAGCUAAAUAAAAGGAAUUGUAAAAAGUAGGGAUUUGCUGAUUAGUGUGUUGGUAGUAGGAUGUGGUCAAAAUAACUUCUAAUCUACAUGUACAUUUACGGCUUCGUGUUUUGUCUUGAAAAAAUUUUAAAUUGAAAUCGGUUGUUUUCGAAAAAGAAAAAUAAAUAAAAUGAAAAUAACACAACGAAACUAGCGUGUCUCAAAAUUUAUAUUAGCAAUUAGGUUUUUGAAUUCGUUUUAUAUCAAAUCGAAAAGUAUAUUCUGUCUCUUGUAUUCAAUGUUCCACGGCUAUUUGAUAUUUCGCUAUAAUUGUAACCGCCGACUUAUCAAAAAGGCUGUGUGUGUAGGUAAAAAUGAUUGAAAUAUAAAUCUUCAUGUACGUGUGAAUGUGUUUAUAAACAUAAAUAUAUAAUUUAGGAUGUUUAA